UUUUUUGUUUUCCCUCUAUUAUCACGAGGAAAUAAAGCAUGGUUAUCACCGAAAUUCUAAUUUCCGCCCAUGAUUUAACCAAAGCGGUAUUUUCCGAUACGCAUUGUUUUCCCCAUUUUUGCGUUUAAGACAAUGCAAGCAAUUUUUUGCCAGUCUUCAAGGCCUUGGCCGAAAUCUAAUCACUUGGAAGUCGAUUUGCAUGCGGAUUCCUGACGCCGAGCGUUACUUUAAAACCACUUAGCCCUUAUUGUCGCCGAUUAAGGGCCAGUUGGAGUCGGUGUUUGUGUAUGGGUCGUGUCAGUCGCACAUAAACAAAGCGUACGACCCUCCUGCUUCAUAUUAAUAUUGAACUUUGCUACCAAACUUCCUGAUUAAUACUACAACUAUCUGUGUCAGCAUAAUUUCCAGUCGGUUGUGGCUUCGCUUUUGGUUCACGUGUGGUUUUUUAUUUUUCUUCGUGUAAUAAAAAUUGUUUGUGUGAUUGGUCGUCGAAAUGGAUUUCGAUAGGGAUAAUUUGUGUAAGGAGAUUGAAGAGGAAUUUAAUGUUACGUUGCGCAAGAGUCUGCGAGAAAGCUGGCAAGAUUACUGGAACUGUGAACAAUCGAUAGCUAGCGCAAGAGCUAGUGUUAUGAUCUACGAUGACGUCAAUAAGAAAUGGAUUCCCUCAGGAACAUCGUCGGGAUUAUCAAAAGUUCACAUAUACCAACAUACUGUACAACAGACAUUCCGUGUCGUCGGAAGAAAACUCCAGGAUCAUGAAGUUGUUAUAAAUUGUGCCAUUUUAAAAGGACUGAAAUACAAUCAAGCAACUGCCACAUUUCACCAGUGGCGUGACAAUAAACAGGUUUACGGGUUAAACUUCAGCUCAAAAGAAGAUGCGGACCUCUUCGCCAGGGCAAUGUUCCACUCAUUAGAAGUACUUAGUAAUAUAGUUCGACAACCGACCCCCCAAUACGCCCCCCAAAUGCCCCCACAAAUCCAGCAACCUGCGAUCCCCCAACAACAAUACGACGAAGACAUGGGGUAUCGCACGAUGACACGCGAAGACGUCGCCAUGAUCCAGGAACGGCGGAUAUCCAACUCGCUGAUGUCGCCCCAACAAACAUCGCCGAUGACUCCCCAGAACAACGUGCCUGUGGCACCGGCGAUGCCAAUGUCGGUGGCGGCCGCCGCCGUCCCCACGCCAAUUUCACCACCGUCGAGCGGCCACCAACGGACGGUGAGCGCGCCCCCGGCACCGCCACCACCUCCAGGAGGCCCCCCAAUGCCCCCGACAGCCGGAGCAGCACCGCCGCCACCACCCCCACCCCCAAUGAACAUGUCGCGGUCGCAGAGCAGCGACGGCGGAGAGGUCAACUCCUUGGCAGCGCAGCUCCAAAACGCGAGGUUGAAGAGGAAUAAUAAGAAUACGCCGCCCCCGACUGAGAACAGCGGCUCGUCGACAAGCAGCGGUGGGAGUAGUAAUUACGGGACGCUGGGGCGAGGAGGUGGCGGAAGUAUGGCUUCGAUGAUGGACGAAAUGGCUAAAACUUUGGCUCGACGAAGAGCGGCUGUUGAGAAAAAAAUCCCCGAUAAGGAUGAGGAAGAGAAAAAGGCCGUUUGGGAGAAAACGAAUACGUUACCGAGUAAUACGUCAAAGUUUUCCGAAUCACCGAAAAGUAUCCGAAAACGGUUCGGCUCCGCUUCCGAGGAGACAAUCUUAAAAGUGAACGGCCUAUCGGAAGUUUCAGGGCUGUCGCUUGGACCAACCGAAUUAGAAAGUCUCAAAAACGAAAUAGUAAAAGAAGUGAGGAAGGAAAUAACGAAAAUGAAACAGGAUAUAAUAGACGCAAUCAAAUCAGAACUGAACCGAAGGUAAUUUCUUAUUGCCUUAUUUUGUGCGUGAAAUUUUUUUAAAGUUUUACACUUGGAACAAAUCAUGCGACAGUUUCUAACAUUAAACAGUAGUAAUCGGUAUUAACGUAAACAAUGUACGUUUAUGGAACGAGUAUGUUAUUAAUGUUUCCUAUUUGCUGUUCUGUACGUUUUUCGUAAUUAUUAGUCAACGGCGUUGAUCGACGGGUCUAGACACAUGAGGUUGAAUCUUUUUAAUUAUUACAAUAAUUAUUUAAUAGCUUUAUUUGUGAUGGACGAUGCAUGUGUCAAGUACAGAAUAGCGGAAUUUUAAAGUAAUGCUAAUAGAUGUCGUGGAUAUAGAGCACUUUUAUUAUAAGUUCUAACAUAGUAUUUAUUUUAUUAUAAGUUAAUUAGGCAUUUAAAGAUUUUCAGUGAUUCCUAUGUAACACCUAAUCAAACAGUGCUACAACUUUUGUAAAUAUUUAUAUAGGACUUCCAAUGACCUACAUAUGUAUUUAUUAACAGCUGAUUCGUUGCCCUAGAAAACGCCAAAAAAUUGUCUUACCCCGAGUGGUUGUACGCAUUUAAUGCUUCUUUGGUGCCAACAAUGUAAGACAGUUUUCGGGCCACUUUUUUCUAUUUUGUUCAAAAUGAAGGGAAACAAUGAUCGUGUGUAUAUUAUAGAAUCAUAAGUUAAUAGAUGCUUAUUAGAUUAGUGUCAAAUCAUAUAUACAUCGAACGUUUCCAUUUAUCAUUCUUCACAUUUUAUAUGAAAACAAACCAUUGGUAAUCCUGCAUCAGACGGCAGUUUUGUACACUCUCGCUGUCGUGUUUGUGAAUAGUGGAUUGUUAUCGAAAGCUCACCCAAAAAACGACGCAUUGAGCGAAAAAUAUUGUAUUACAUACAGACAUAAUCAGUGAUUGCAAUUUUAUAUAUAAUUUCUUAAGUACAUAUGUUAUAACUUUGUGAUAUAUAACUGCAUUUGAGUUUAUUGUAUAUUGUCUAGCACUUUUUUGUUUUGUCUUCUUAGAUUUAUUUUGUAUGUGAUCUCAAGUCAAAAUUAGCACAAUUUUUCUAAUUUUUUAUAUUUAAAAAAAUCGAUUUUAAUUCGUAACUACGAUUACGUUUCAAAUUUUACAAUGUAUUUGAAAUAAACAUUUGAAGUACGUAA